CUUGAUUCAUGCAUGUGGAAGAAGCAUAUGCUCAUUCUGCAUGAAAUAGGAAAUAUUGGACUAGAAUUGUAAAAAUAGUUUGCCAUGUGUCUACUCUUGGAUAACAUGUGGAAUGUUAAAUCAAAUUCUGCUAGACUAUGAUGUAUAAGAUUAGGUGUUCCUUGGAUACCGAAGAACCCCUUAGAACCGGAGGUUGGAAUGGAUAGAAAAGUUGGUCAAUUAACCUGGGUAAAUACCUUCUUCGUGAAGGUUCUUCCUUAAGGACAUCGAUGUUUGUCUUCAGCAGUUGUACAGUAUGUGAUUCUGUAGGCACCUGUGGAAUCAUUUAGCCAACUUGAGGGUAUUUGUUUAGUUUUGGAAGAGCCUUCUGACUGCCAAAGUACAAUGAAUUUCAGUACAGUCAAAAGUCUUAAGGCUUGAGUUAUUAGCAGUUCUCAAAGAAAGCUUCAAGCAGAAUUGCAGGAGGAGGUAGUAUAUCCUUGACGGAUCAGUUUGAUCUUACAAUCUUUCACUGUUACAUUACUACAUUUAAGAGCAUUUAAUAGUGUGAUUUUGUUGGCUUUCACCAGAGAUUGGCUCGUUGAUGGUCGUGUCUGGUAUAGUUGUUCCAGACUUCAAGGAAUCAGUGACUCACGACACACAAUUCCUUAUUAUCCAGUGCUGGAUGCCCUGGAGCUCCUCAAUGCUUCGCUUAUGUUAUUAUGUGGGAUUGUUUUACAUCUUCUUGUUUCGAUGACUCCUCCUGUUGGAGCACUGCUGAUUGGAGCUGUUGGACAUGCAUUGGGCUGUCUUGUUGCCGAUAUCAAGUGGUGUUGAGCCUCAUAGAAGAAAUCAAUGUUGCAGUGUCUCCUUGCUUGACUGGCCAAGUAAAAUUCUUAGGAGGUUAUGGAAUGUCACUAAGUUUGCUCAUAUCUGCAGGUGAUUCAUUGCUAGCUUCUAGGUAGUUGGUAGUCUCAGCAGAGUCAAAUUAAAAUGGGUGAACUAGCUAUUGAACAGCCAGGGUUUCAACAUUUUGAUGUGGAGAACCGUCAGCACGCCUUCUACGAAGAGAGACCGACAGACAAUGAGUACGCAGUCCUUCGGCAGAUGAAUGGGGAAAUGAUGCCUGUCGAAGAAACUAAAGAUGAUGCUAGUGCUACCGAGUUGCUAGAGAGAGGGUACUUGCAGUACGGAUGCCCUCAUUACCAUCGAAGGUGCCGCAUUAGAGCCCCCUGUUGCAACGAGAUUUUUGAUUGCCGUCACUGUCAUAAUGAUGCAAAGAAUAAUAUCAAUGUAAACCAAAAGCAGCGACAUGAGUUGCCUCGCCAUCAAGUUCAACAGGUUGUGUGUUCACUUUGUGGUACUGAACAAGAGGUCCGGCAGGUGUGCAUUAACUGUGGUGUUUGCAUGGGGAAGUACUUUUGUGGGACCUGUAAGCUUUUCGAUGAUGAUACAUCCAAAAACCAGUAUCAUUGCAAUGGAUGUGGAAUUUGCAGAAUUGGGGGGCGGGAGAAUUUCUUCCACUGUUACAAGUGUGGUUGCUGCUAUUCAGUCUUGCUGAAAAACAGCCAUCCUUGCGUGGAAAGAGCGAUGCAUCAUGACUGUCCUGUUUGCUUUGAGUUCCUAUUUGAUUCAAGAAAUGAUGUGACAGUCUUGCCUUGCGGACACACAAUCCAUAAGAACUGCUUAAAAGAGAUGAGAGAACAUCACCAGUUUGCUUGCCCAAUCUGCUCGAAGUCUGUCUGUGAUAUGUCAAAGGUUUGGGAGAAAUUUGACGUGGAGAUUGCAGCCACGCCAAUGCCAGAGCCUUAUCAAAACAAAAUGGUUUGGAUCCUCUGCAACGACUGCGGGAAAACAUCUCAAGUCCAAUUCCAUGUAGUUGCUCAGAAAUGCGCCCAUUGCAAGUCCUACAAUACUCGCCAAACACGCGGCUGACCAUUAGGCCUGGACCAAGGAAAUUCUGAUGUUUGCCAAUGUCCUUACACCAGGCUGUGAAGCCGUGAGUCCAUUGAGUUGGGUCGCUUGUGAGGUGUGCUAGACAUGCGAAAUGAUCAAGCGGCUGAAUCUCGAGGGGGUAGCGGCCUUCUUUUUCUUGUCCUCUCCAAAAUCUUUUCCCCGGUUUUUUCUUCGAAUCGUGGAAACGAGGGAAUGUGGAGUUGCUCUCCGCCUCUUGUCGCAGCUUGUCGGUUUCUAGCUUUCCCGAUUUUUUUUCAGUGUUUUUGUCUUGCAAACAGAAGCGCUAUG